UACUAGAUCUGGGUUGAUUAUAACACUAGAAAUGGAGGGUCGGUCAGUAGGGAUGAUUAGAAGGAAAAGGAAUCGAUUAUCUUUGGAUCAAGCCGGGGUUCAUCGUUUCACCAUCUUGACGGUGGCACCGGCGAACAAUGUAAGGCCUCCAAGGGAGCCAGUGGACAUUGAGGUGACAGAGGGUGAUUUCGACGCGAGCCAGACGGAUCCGGUCGAGGCUCUGGCAGAUGAUGCGGGUGUGAUGGUCCGCUUGAAUGAUUCAGCCAAUAUUGAGGAGGUCCUGUCGCAGAAAGGGGCGAAUUGUUCGUUUGAUGCGGCAGGUGACGAAUUUAUCCUCUCUGCGGAUCUGCAAUGCUUCGAUGGAAUGGAGGUUGAGGUACCGAAUGAGUUACCUGUUAAUUCGGAAGUCGGGCCAUCAUCGAAGAAUACGUCGACACCGAUCAGACCGGCGGGUACGGUGGAGGAAGGAUUUUCGCACGGGAAGGAGAAGGCUAAGGGGAAGCAGAGUUCAAAGGAUUCGUCUGGGGAUAAGGAGGUGACCAGGGAAGGGAGUGCGGACUCGACGGAGUCGGUGCUUAGAAUCUCUCUACCGUUGGAGGAACCGACGGAACCGGUACCGCCACCGAUAAGAUUAUAUGCGAAAAAGGAGGGAGGAAGGAAUAUCUCUGGAAGCAGUCAUAACAGAUCGAAGGGUGACAGAAGUUCUAGGAGAUAGGGUGGAAAUAUUCCUUCUCGUAGGACAAGGAAACGGAUCAGCGGGGUUGAGGAACCUUGUAUUAACAAAGGAACGGGAUAACCAGGUGAAGGAUCAAGGAAGGGACCGGAGUUAUCGACCCAGAGGGAUCGGAGUACGCUCUAACAUAUGGAUUCGUUAUGUUUGCGCUUAAUCUAAUAGUUUAUUAGGAUUUAGAAGUAUAUCGAUAGUAACUUUAUCUUAUUAAUUCAUGACUUUUUUACGUGUUAGUUAUUCGCGGGGAAGAUUUAAAUUUAUUUGAUUUGAUAAUGAUCUUUUUGUUUUGAAUUGUGUCUGGCGCGGAAACUAAGUAGCGAUUUACGCCGAUAUUAGCCAAAGAUGCAGAGUUCUUUUUUUAUAUAUAUAAAAGGAAAUUUUAAGUUUUAAAAGCUAGGACCAGAAAGAAGGUAUAUAUAUUUAUCUUUAGUUUGUGAUGUUGGUAGGGAAUUAAGGUAGAAGGUCUAAUUCUUUUUAUUUUUUGUAUUUUUCAAAUUUCUUUUUUGUUUUUUCUGUUCUUUCUUCUCGGUGAGGAGAUAGAAUGCGUGGAGUACAGAUUGUCAUUGUUAGCAUGGUGGAGUCUGUUCGUUACUUGUUCUUGGUUAAUGGCAGAUUUAGAGCUAUAGAUAACUUUAUACAAUCUUGGUGUUAUAAUCUUGGUUUUCUUAUCAUUUUAAAAAGAAUCAGUUUAAGUUGUUUUAAAGAAUAUUAGGUUGUACGUUUGUUGGUUGCUGUUGGCCAUUUAAAUGUUGUGACGUUUGGCAAUCUGAUGUGAUAGUAGAUUAUAACAAAUCCUUCUUUUACUAGUCCUUGAGGUAUAUUCCUGAUGUAAUGUAAAUGUCGUUACCUAUUGGAGUUGUGAUAAUACAUUUAUUUUUAUAUAUUUAUAAAUUGAUUUGUCAAUACAUAAGAAUUUUGUUUAUUGUUUGUCCCUCCUUUCCUGUGUGAUUGUAAGUGGGAUACGGUGAGAAUAUUAAAUGUUGAAUUCUGCCAAUGAAUUUAGGCUAUUUCUUUCUCUCAUUGAUUAAUCUUUUUUGGGGAGUAAGGUAGUUGAUUGUGGAUUAUAUGAAUCAGGUUGGAUUGGGUUGGGGCUAUAGUUAAUUGCUUUCCUUAAUGGGAAGAAUAUGGAUAGCCUCUCUUUGCUGGGGAAAUGUUUUGAACUGUAUUUCCCGCGGUAUGGGAAGAGGUUAGGUGUGAUUGAGUGACAUCUGAAAAAUUUGUCGGGAUACUUGACGUAUUGAGGUUAGAGGCAGUGUUGUUCGGAGUGGAAAGAGUUAUUUAAUGAUGCACGGAUGAUGUUUGUAAACAUUGAAGGGGAGUGGUCAUGUACUUUAAAUUGAGUGAUAUUUAAGUAAAGAUAGUUAAAAGUGG